UGUUACGUCAUAUUCACGCGCCUGUGUUGCCGUUUGUACCUCCGUGCUGGCAUCAUGGUGGUGUUUCCUAGCUCACUGACAGAGGAAGAGGAGGCACUGCAGAAGAAAUAUGCCAAACUCAAGAAAAAGAAAAAGGCGCUGCUCGCUUUGAAGAAGCAGAGUUCAACAAAUCAGACGAACCAGAGUGGCUUGAAACGAACUCUGUCAGAUCAGCCGGUUGUUGACACCGCCACAGCAACAGAACAAGCUAAGAUGCUCAUCAAAUCGGGCGCCAUCAGUGCCAUCAAAUCUGAGAACAAGAAUUCCGGUUUUAAGCGCUCUCGAAUGCUGGAAAUCAAACUGAAGGACCCAGAAAAAGGCCCAGUUCCUGCUUUCUUACCAUUCCAGAGGAGUGUUUCUACAGACGAAGACCAACCUGAGUCUGGAAAGAGAGCCCAAAGGAAAUCUUUAUAUGAGAGCUUUGUCAGCUCCAGCGAUCGGUACCGGGACGAGGAUGAUGGAGGCGGCAUGUCAUCAAGCCGCGACAUGGAGAGAGACCGAGACCGGGACCGGGACCGGGACCUGGACAGGGAGCGGGACAGAGACCGGGACCGGGAGAGAGACCGAGACCGGGAGAGGGAUCGCGAUCGGGAUCGGGACAGGGACCGGGACAGAGACCGGGACCGGGAUCGGGAAAGAGGAAGAGACAGAGACCGGGACCGAGAACGUGAAAGAGACCGGGACCGCAGCAGAGAGCGAGACCGGGACCGAGACCGGGACAGAGAUGGACCCUUCAGACGGUCGGACUCGUACCCGGAGCGCAGAGGCGUCCGAAAGGGGAACACGGUCUACGUUUACGGCUCGGGGCUGGUGGAGGACAGCCUGCGCUCCGCCUUCUCCCAGCACGGGAACAUCAUCGACCUCUCCAUGGACAACCCACGCAACUGUGCCUUCAUCACCUUCGAAAAGAUGGAGUCUGCAGACGCGGCUGUGGCUGAGCUCAACGGCAGCACGGUGGGAGACGUUCACAUCAAAGUCAGCAUCGCCAGGAAGCAGCCCAUGCUGGACGCCGCCACCGGCAAAUCCGUGUGGGCCUCUCUGGCGGUGCAGAACAGCACCAAGGGCUCCUACCGGGACAAGAGGAACCAGGUGGUGUACAGCGAGGACUUCCUGUGAUCCUCAGCGACUCUCUUCUUUUGUUUUUUUUCAUUUCUCUUUAUUUUUAAUGAGCAGUUUGUGAUGCGGGACGCUUUACGUUGUGUAUUUGUGUUGACGACAUGAUUCGUUUUUCUGAGCUCAAUAAAAACUGUUGAUCCUG